AUGCCUUUACCAAGGCGUAGGUCAUCUAUCUUGGGGCAACAGCCCCCAUUGUCUUCUGCUGACUGUUCUGGGGUUUCCAAUCGUAGGGUCAGCAUUGGCAGUGCCAAUAUCCUUCCCAGACAACCAGGUGUGUAUGUAGGAAGUGUCCCAACUGGAGGCGUAAGUAGUCUUGGCACUCGAGUAUCUCGACGAGCCCUGGGCAUCAGCAGUGUUUUUAUGCAGGGACUGCGCAGUUCUGGCCCACUUGUUCCUGUUACCCACAGCUUGGAGAGAGGGAGAGCCCCCACAUUUGAAUCCUUAAACAGCUGCUUGGUGGAGUACAUAGAUAAAGUAAGAGCCUUAGAACAGGUGAAUUGUGAGUUGGAAGAACACAUCAGAGUUUAUCUGGACAAAAAAGCAUCAACUGUAAGCAGCUGGGGGUCACUCAGGGAAAACUGGGAGAACAUAUACCAUCAGGUAGGAGAGGUUGUUUUGGAAAAUGCACGACUUAUGCUGCAGACAGAGAAUAUACAGGCAUGUGCAGAAGAUUUCAAAGAAAGAUAUGAGAAUGAACAACCUUUCAGAAAAGCAGUGGAGGAGGAAAUACGCUCAUUGUACAAAGUGAUUGAUGAUGCGAACCUGACAAAAAUGGAUUUGGAAAGUCAGAUAGAAAGCAUGAAAGAAGAGCUUGCAUUACUGUCCAAAAAUCAUGAGGAGGAUGUGAAGAUGCUGUACAAGCAGCUGGCAGGAUCUCAACUGGAAGAAGUAGACACUCCAAUCGGCACAGGACUUGAUGAUAUAUUGGAGACCAUUAGAAUUCACUGGGAAAAAGACAUUGAGAAGAACAGAGCUGAAUCGGGUGCCCUUCUUCAAGCUAAACAAUCAGGUGCGCUACCAGCAUUACAAAGUCAAGAGGAGGAAGUUGUGGAGAGUCUGAGAGAAGAGUUCCAUGAUACAGCGUGCAAAAUCCAGAGUCUGCAGGCUGAGACCGAAUCCCUUAGGACACUGAAACGUGGUCUGGAGAACUCUUUGCAUGAUGCUAAACACUGGCAUGACAUCGAGCUUCAGAAUUUGGGCUCUGUGAUCACUAGACUGGAGGCAGAACUGGAGGAAAUAAAAAAUGAAACUGAGCAGCACCAGCGUGACCGAGAGCAUUUGUUGUCCCACAAGUUACAACUUGAGAAGGAAAUAGCAGCAUAUCACUCUAUCCUGGAUGGAGAAGAAAACAGAUGAUGUUUAGUAAAACAGUCCUAUGAACCAUAAAGCUUACAGUCAAGAUAAGGAUUAAGUUAUUCGCACCUGUAAAAUGGAAUGGUUCUGUGAUAUAUUUGGAUUAAAAAAAACAGCCUGGCUUUUAUUGUGUGCAUUCAAGUUGAAUUUUAAGACUGAAACACCAUUUAACAAUGUAGUAAAGAGAAAGUGAUUUAAGAUAGUUCUAUUUUCAUCUUGUAAAAUGAAAUCUGAUUCUAAUAAAAACGA